UGCUGGGGGCAGGAUGGUGCGGACGAAGGCGGACUGCGGCGGGGCCUACCGCAAAGUGCUGGCCGCCCGGGCUCCCCGGAAGGUGCUGGGCUCCACCAGCCUCAACGCGGGACCGUCGCCGGCCGCCAAGAGAGGGGAGGGCCGCCGUGUCGGGGGGAACCCGGUGUGCGUGAGGCCUGUCCCCGCCUGGCAGGGCAUCGGCGAGUUCCUGCAGCUGUCGCAGAAGGAGAACCGGGUGCCCCGGAGAGGUGCGGGGAGCAGCGGCCUGGGGCCGGCUGCCAAAAAAGCUCGCCCCCUGCCACCGGAUCCUGCAGAAGAUGGCGAGUCCUCUGAAGAAGAGUAGACAUGAGCU